AGAAUUUUAUGUGGAGAGGUUAUAUAGGUUAAAAAUAAAAUUGAACAUCGCAGGAUUAUUAAAAUUGUUAAAUAAAAUAGAAUGUGUGACGUUUUAUAUGUUUCUUCUGCUUGUAAUCAAGUUCCAACAUCUGCACAUUGGGGAAGAGGUAGUCUUAUAUGUUACGCCUCCAGUAAUGUCGUUUUUAUUUAUGAUAUUAACCAUGGAAGUGGAGGAAAAAUUGUCAACACCCUUUAUGGUCAUAAAAAACGGGUGAAUUCUGUACAGUGGAUUGCUGGGUCCAACCAUGAGUUGGAGUUAGUGUCAGGCUCUGCUGAUGGAACAGCAAUCGUAUGGACUUUUCGUGACAAUAAUUAUACCUCGUUUAUAUUGAAAGGCCACGAGAGUAAUGUAAAUGUCGUAGAAAGUAUGUAUACAAAGAAGUCUUCAACUCUUGUGGUAACUACUUCUGCUGACUCAACUAUAAGGAUAUGGCUCAGAGAAAACAAGAAAGAAGACUUUCGCCAAAUGCAAGUAAUAAAUUUGAAUUAUGGAGUAUCAUUAUCACUAAAGUUGUCGUAUUUGCCUGAUCAGGAGUUAAUUAUAUUAGCAGCAAGCUUAGAUGAUUCGAAUAUACAUUUGUAUGUAGAAGAUGAAGAAAAGUCAAAUGAUUUUCCAUUCAAACUUAGACACUGUCAGAAACUAGAAGGGCAUGAUAAUUGGGUACGUGGUUUAGACAUCAAAAUUAAUGAUGGAGAUUUAUUUAUGGUGUCUUGUGCCCAAGAUCAUUUUAUACGAUUAUGGAAAAUCUCACCAGAAGCAAGACAAAAGGAAAUAGAUGUAAAAUCCCAUAUAGAAAGCAUUGAGCAAUUUGAUUUUGUAAUGAAACGAAAAGAAUUAGUAACAUUAAAAGAGAAAUAUGUUAUAUCAUUGGAGUCUGUGCUUGGAGGACAUGAAGGAUGGGUGUAUUCAGUUAAUUGGCAUCCUCAAAAUAUGACUUUUCUUUCUUCUUCAAUAGACAAAUCAAUGAUUAUUUGGAAAUGGGAAAAAGAGAGCAACUUAUGGGUAGAAGAUGUGAGAGUUGGUGAAAUUGGAGGAAACACGCUAGGCUUUUAUGGUGGAAUGUUUAGUCCAUCUGGAGAUAGCUUUAUGGCACAUGGAUACCAUGGUGCUUUCCAUAUUUGGAAAUAUUGUAAGGAGUCACAUACUUGGGAGCCUAGUGUUACAGUGGGUGGGCACUUUGAUGAAGUCUCUGAUUUAGCAUGGGAAUCCCAAGGAGAAUUUGUUGUUAGCGUUUCAUAUGACCAAACUACUAGAAUUCACGCACCUUGGGCUGCAAAGGGUGCAAAAACGAGUUGGCAUGAAAUUGCAAGACCCCAAGUGCAUGGCUACGAUAUUAAUAGUUUAGCAAUGUUAUCAAGGUACAGUUUUGCCUCUGGGGCUGAUGAGAAAGUUAUUAGGACGUUUAAAGCCCCUAAAAACUUUGUGGAAAAUUUUAGAAGAUUGUGCAAAAUUGAGGGAGACCAGGAAGGUGACGAAAUUUUAUUUACAGAAGAAAGACCUCAAGGAGCUGCGGUGCCGUCUUUGGGAUUGUCAAACAAAGCUGUUUAUGAUGAAGAUAAUAUAGAAGAUAUUAAAAGUGAUUCUAAAAAGGAUCCUUAUCCUCAGGAAUCACAUUUUACAGCUGUAAUUUUAAAUGAACCCCCUACUGAGGAAACUUUGCUUCAAAACACGUUAUGGCCCGAAGUUCAAAAGUUAUAUGGACAUGGAUACGAAAUAUAUUCCUUAGCUUCUCCUGCUGAUGAAAGCAUUCUAGCCUCAGCAUGUAAAGCCAAUACACAAGAACAUGCAGCUAUUCUGUUAUGGGACACUUCCACGUGGACGCAAAGUCAAAAGCUCCUUUCCCAUUCAUUAACAGUGGUCCAAAUGGAGUUUUCUCCAAAUUGCCAGCAUCUAUUAUCAGUUUCUCGGGACCGUAGAUGGUCUUUAUUUACACGUAACAGUUCUUCAAACGAAUUCGAAUUAGUUGCAACUACUGACAAGAAAACCGGGAUUCAUACACGAAUUAUUUGGUGUUGUUCGUGGACAUUCGACUCAAAAUACUUUGUUACCGGGUCUCGAGACGGAAAAAUUGUCAUUUGGGGUAAAAAUGUCGACAAACCAAGGGAUAAUAUUUUAGGACAAUAUGAGCAUAUAAUGAUAAAGGAAUUUAAAGGGGAAUCUGUAACUGCAGCAGCUUUUGCACCUGUUUUAGCCCACAAUUUUUAUAUUAUUGCUCUAGGUUUUGAAACUGGACUUAUUUCAGUCCACUUCUGGAGGCCCAAGGACGAUUUUAGGGAUUAUAUACAAAUGGAUAACAGAAUGGCGCAUCAUUUAACAGUAAGGAGAUUGCGAUUUAGGCCCUUAAAAGGUACUGCUGGUGAUAAAAUGGAUAAAGAAGUGCUACAACUUGCAAGCUGUGGGGCAGAUCAUGCAGUUAGAAUUUACAAUAUACCAUUGCCACAUAAUAUGUAUGUUAACUAAUCCUAAAGAAUUAAUAGGAUAUUUUUUUAUAUGUGUACAUAUAUUUGUAGUUUGGA